CACAGGAUACAUUUAUCGUUCGAGCUUGACAUGUCAUCGACGAAAGUAUUGCUUGACGUUGCGUUUAAUUGGAUAUGCGUGUGUGGACACAUAUAAGCGAUCGGGUGGAUUAAUAAAUUCGAUUAUAGAAUCUAUCAAGAGGAAGGGGGAGGGGGCACUGCCCCGAUUAGUACAAUUUCGCCGACGUACCAUUUAUCCGAGGGAUCUAUGAAUUAAUAUCUUUCCUUCGUAUCGGAAUAUGAAAUGGCAAGAAUCGCAGCGUGCGUCGUAUUAGUUUAUCUUAGUGCGUAUUGUAUUACGUUAAAUGCGGAUGAGAGUCAUGAGCAUAGCAGCGUUAAUGAUGAAAUACAGAAGCCGUCUUACAAAAGUCCAAACCCUUCCGGCUUUGCUUACUUAGCGGAGAACUUUGACAGCGAAGAGAGAUUUAAAAAAACGUGGCUGCUAUCGGAAGCAAAGAAGAACGAUAUCGACGAAGAUAUCGCUGCAUAUACUGGAAUUUGGGCCAUUGAAGAACUUCAGAAACACGCUGAAGAUGGAGAUCUAGGAUUAGUGCUUAAGAGCAAAGCUAGACAUGCUGCCAUUUCUACUUUAUUAUCUAAGCCAUUUUACUUUGAAGACAAACCCCUAAUUGUACAAUAUGAAGUUAAUUUCCAAGAGGGACAGGAAUGUGGAGGCGCCUAUCUUAAGUUGCUCACGUUAGAUGAUAAGCAUAAAGACUUGAAACAAUUCCAUGAUAAAACACCAUAUACUAUAAUGUUUGGGCCUGAUAAAUGUGGCAAUGAUCACAAGCUCCAUUUUAUAUUUCGACAUAAAAAUCCAUUGAAUGAUACAAUCACGGAAAAACACUGUAAGAAAUCAAAGGAUCGACUGGAAGAUUAUUUCAAAGAUAAACAGCCACAUCUAUAUACUUUGAUUAUACGGCCUGAUAAUACUUACGAAAUUAAAGUGGAUAAUAAAAUGUUAAAUUCGGGUUCAUUAUUAGACGAUUUUGUGCCUCCCGUGAAUCCACCUUUGGAGAUAGAAGAUCCCGACGAUAAACAGCCCGAGGAUUGGGAUGAUAAAGAAAAGAUUCCUGACCCACUGGCAGAGAAACCUGACGAUUGGGACGAAGAUGCUCCAGCGCAAAUAGUCGAUGAGGAAGAUAUUAUGCCUGAAGGAUGGCUCGAGGAUGAACCGCCAAUGAUACCGAAUCCGGAUUCGGUUAAGCCUGAUGAUUGGGAUGUUGAGAUGGAUGGUGAAUGGGAAGCUCCGGAAAUACCGAAUCCAAAAUGCGCGGACGCCCCUGGUUGUGGUCCCUAUAAGCAAAGAAUGAAGAAGAAUCCACGAUAUAAAGGAAAAUGGUUGGCACCACUCAUCAACAACCCUAAUUACAAGGGCAAAUGGAAACCUAGACUUAUACACAACCCUGAUUAUUUUAAUGAUGAACAUCCUUUCAAGAUGUUACCAAUUAGUGCUAUUGGUUUUGAGCUAUGGUCAAUGUCACCUGAUAUAUAUUUUGACAAUAUAAUUAUAACGGAUGAUGAGGAAGUUGCAAAGAAAUGGGCGGAUGAAAGUUUUGAGAUUCGACGUGUUAAAAUUGCUGAGGAAAGUUGGACUAUAUGGAAUCGAAUUGCGACAUUUACUGCCGACCAUCCAUGGAUAUGGGCAGUAUAUAUAUUGCUAGCUGCAGUACCUGUAGUGUUGAUAAUAUACUUUUGCUGCUUCUCAGAGGAUAAAUCGGAUUUCAAAGAAGAAGAAGAAGAAGAAAAAGCACCUUUAGAAAUAAGCAAUGAUAUUGCAGAAGAUGCAGAAAAUGAAAAUCACCAAUCUUUGAAUCCCGAACUAACUGAGCAAAAACCUACUACAGAAGAAACAGAAGAUACAGAGAAAGAGAAAGAGAAAGAGAAAGAGACUGGAACAGAAGAAAUAAUUGAAAGUGAUAAGGACACAUCACCAAUCAGUGGUGAAGGACCACGACGAAGGAAACCAAAUAAAGAAUAGAAAGAAAAAUUACAAAAGAAAUUACUAUCGCGUGCGCACGCGAUCUUUGCUGAUAUUUAUGUAAUACUGUCACAUUCCACGUUACAUUUGCUACUGUGGAUAGUAGGUGGUCAUCAAUCACUCUAGCAAAUUCAGUCAUUGCAAUGAUGUGAUCGAUAAGUAUUUAAUUCCUUGUCUAAGGAUAUCGAUAUUUUUGACUACACAUAUAUAUGUACAUACAUACAUAUAUAUAUGCAAGUCUUCAUAUUCGAAAAAUCAUUCUCUCAAAUUACAUAUGCUUUUGUGUUAUGAAUGAUGUACAAUGCAUAUGUAUUCAUAAGUUUGCAAGAGUGCUGUCCGUUAAUUUGGACACUGCCUUAAUAACGUAUUUAUGUAUUCUUGCUUAUAAUGUCAUGAAAUGUGUUUUAGAAUUAAAAAUUGAAAACAUUGAUCUUAUUCAUCUCAUUCGUUUGUUUAAUGUCACAAUGGGAUAAAUUAUAGUAAAAGAUAGCAAAGAGUAUAGUAUAAUAUGCAAAUACAAGAGACGUUAAUUUA